AUGGCUUCUUCUUCUUCUUUGGUUGUUGUUGGGCCUCUUAACCUCACUCCACAGAAUGGUUACAAAGUGUGGGAAGAUCCUUCUUUCAUCAAGUGGAGGAAAAGGGAUCCUCAUGUCACCUUGCAUUGCCAUGAUUCUCUAGAAGGAUCUCUCAAAUAUUGGUAUCAACGCAACAAAGUGGAUUUUUUGGUUGCCCAGUCUGCUAUUUGGAAUGAUGAUGCUGUUCAGGGGUCUCUUGAUUGUGCUACAUUUUGGGUCAAAGAUUUGCCUUUUGUUAAGUCCUUGUCUGGAUAUUGGAAGUUUUACAUUGCUGACAGGCCCAACAAUGUCCCUACUAACUUUUAUGAAAGUGAGUUUCACGAUUCAGAGUGGAAAAAUUUGCCUGUUCCUUCGAAUUGGCAGUUACAUGGAUUUGACCGUCCUAUAUAUACCAACGUGGUGUAUCCAUUUCCACUAGAUCCUCCUUUCAUUCCUAUGGAAAAUCCUACUGGCUGUUACAGAACGUACUUCCACGUUCCUAAAGAAUGGGAGGGUAGAAGAAUUUUGUUGCAUUUUGAAGCAGUUGAUUCUGCCUUUUGUGCUUGGAUAAAUGGGCAUCCUGUGGGAUAUAGCCAAGACAGCAGACUACCUGCAGAGUUUGAAAUCACUGAUUUUUGUCAUCCAUGUGGUUCAGAUCUUAAAAAUGUUCUGGCUGUUCAAGUGUAUAGAUGGAGUGAUGGCUCUUACCUUGAAGACCAGGACCAGUGGCGGUUAUCUGGUAUCCACCGUGAUGUCCUUCUUAUGGCAAAGCCAGAGGUAUUUAUUACUGACUAUUUUUUCAAAUCAAAUCUCGCUGAAGAUUUUUCUUACGCAGAUAUACUGGUUGAAGUAAAAAUAGAUAGAUUAAAAGAGACAUCCAAGGAUAAUGUUCUCACGAACUACUCUAUUGAAGCUACACUGUUUGAUUCUGGAAGCUGGUAUGCCGUUGAUGGGAACCCUGAUCUCCUUUCAUCUAAUGUGGCAGAUAUAAAGCUCCAACCAUCAAGUACACCAGCACCAACAUUAGGGUUUCAUGGCUAUGUGCUUACAGGGAAACUGCAAUCACCAAAGCUUUGGUCUGCUGAGAAACCAUACCUCUAUACUCUAGUCGUUGUCCUGAAAGACCAAUCUGGUCGUGUUGUUGACUGUGAAUCAUGUCCAGUAGGAUUUAGAAAAGUAUCUAAAGCCCACAAACAACUGCUUGUUAAUGGACAUGCUGUUGUAAUAAGAGGUGUGAACAGGCAUGAGCAUCAUCCUCAAGUGGGGAAGGCAAAUAUAGAAUCCUGUAUGAUCAAGGAUCUGGUCUUGAUGAAGCAAAAUAAUAUUAAUGCUGUGCGAAACAGCCAUUAUCCCCAACAUCCACGCUGGUAUGAGCUAUGUGAUCUGUUUGGCAUGUACAUGAUAGAUGAAGCCAAUAUUGAGACGCAUGGUUUUGACAAUUCUAAACAUUUCAAGCAUCCUACUUUGAAACCAAGUUGGGCAUCUGCAAUGCUGGAUCGGGUGAUCGGCAUGGUUGAGAGAGAUAAAAAUCACACAUGCAUUAUUGCAUGGUCUUUAGGGAAUGAAUCUGGAUUCGGAACAAAUCAUUUUGCUUUAGCUGGUUGGAUUCGAGGACGAGAUUCAUCGCGGGUAUUACAUUAUGAAGGAGGUGGAUCCAGGACUCCUUGCACUGAUAUUGUGUGUCCUAUGUAUAUGCGCGUUUGGGACAUGGUGAAAAUAGCCCAUGAUCCAACUGAAACACGUCCUCUGAUAUUGUGCGAAUAUUCACAUGCAAUGGGAAACAGUAAUGGAAAUCUUCAUUUAUAUUGGGAAGCAAUUGACAACACAUUUGGACUCCAAGGAGGCUUUAUUUGGGAUUGGGUUGAUCAGGCCCUGGUGAAAGUUUAUGAAGAUGGUACAAAGCAUUGGGCAUAUGGUGGUGAAUUUGGGGAUGUUCCCAAUGACUUGAAUUUCUGUUUGAAUGGCCUCACAUUUCCCGAUCGAACUCCUCAUCCUGCUUUACAUGAGGUUAAGUACUUAUAUCAGCCAGUCAAGGUGGCUUUAAAUGAAGGGACAUUGGAGAUAAAAAAUACUAAUUUUUUUCAAACUACGGAAGGAUUGGAGUUCAGCUGGUAUAUUUCUGCAAAUGGAUAUAACCUUGGAUCUGGUAUUCUGGACCUUGCCCCUAUAAAGCCCCAGAGUAGUUAUGCUGUUGAUUGGCAAUCAGGUCCAUGGUAUUCUCUAUGGGCUUCAUCAUCAGAAGAAGAACUAUUCUUGACCAUAUCGGCUAAACUUUUGGACUCUACACGCUGGGUUGAAGCUGGUCAUAUUGUCUCAUCUGCUCAAGUUCAACUGCCUGCCAGGAGAAACAUUAUUCCUCAUGCUAUUGAUAUUAGUGGUGGCACUCUGGUUGCUGAAACACAAGGAGAUACAAUCAUAGUCAAACAGCCAGAUGUUUGGGAUUUGACAUUGAAUACUAAAACAGGUUUAGUUGAAAGCUGGAAGGUUAAAGGAGUACAUAUUAUGAAAAAGGGCAUCCUCCCAUGUUUCUGGCGAGCUCCUACUGAUAAUGAUAAAGGAGGAAUGGAAGCCAGUUAUUUGUCCAGGUGGAAAGCUGCUGGAAUGGACUGCCUCCACUUUAUUACUGAGAGCUGUUCUGUGCAAAAUAUUACAGAGAGCACGGUUAGAAUAUUGGUGGUUUUUCUUGGUGUUACAAAGGGUGAGGAGGAAUCUCUCUCUAACCAAGACAAGUCAAAGGUUUUAUAUACAACAGAAAUGACAUAUACAAUUUAUGCUUCUGGGGAUGUUAUUUUAGAAUACAAUGUGCAGCCAAACCCUGAUCUCCCUCCUUUACCACGCGUCGGAAUUGAGUUAAAUGUGGAAAAAUCACUGGAUCUAGUAACUUGGUAUGGAAAAGGGCCAUUUGAGUGUUAUCCGGAUCGAAAAGCUGCAGCCCAAGUUGCAGUCUAUGAAUAUACUGUUGGUGAGUUGCAUGUUCCUUAUAUUGUUCCUGGGGAAUCUUCUGGCAGGGCAGAUGUUAGGUGGGUAACAUUCAGAAACAAAAAUGGUUUUGGAAUAUAUGCUUCUAAGUAUGGUAGCUCUCCACCAGUGCAAAUGAGUGCAAGCUACUAUAGCACCUCAGAACUUGACCGUGCCACACACAAUGAAGAGCUCAUUGAAGGAGAUAGCAUUGAGGUUCAUCUGGAUCACAAGCACAUGGGAUUAGGUGGAGAUGAUAGUUGGUCACCAUGUGUCCACACUCAGUAUUUGAUUCCUCCUGUGUCAUACUCAUUCUCUGUCAGGUUAUGUCCUGUAACUCCAGCCACUUCUGGUUAUGACAUCUACAAAUCCCAACUUCAAAACUCUUGA